AUGGUCACGUUGGAUGGUUCGACAGAGGUCUCCUCUGUCGACUCCACCAGCAUCGAGAAGAAACCUCCGGCUGAUCCGGCCAUGCCGGUCGCCCAGUCCGACUCGAUUGCGGAGAAAGAACUCGCGCACCACCCCCCGACUGAAACAAAAGAGACCAGUCUGGAGACGGCUGAAAAAUCCCCGUCCCAAGAACAGCAGCAGCAGCAGCAGCAAGACGAAGAAGAGGAGGAGGACAAUCACGAAUAUCCCGCGAAAUGGCGACUGGCGCUGAUCACCAUUGCGCUGUGUCUGUCCGUGUUGUGCAUGGCUUUGGAUAACACCAUCAUCGCAACCGCCAUCCCGCGAAUAACAGACCAGUUCAAAUCCGUCGACGAUGUCGGCUGGUACGGUGCCGCCUACCUGCUGACCACCUGCUCCGUGCAGCUCAUCUUCGGCAAGCUGUAUACCUUCUACUCGCUCAAAUGGACCUACCUCACCGCGCUGUUCCUCUUCGAGCUGGGCUCCUUCGUCUGCGGUAUCACGCCUACCUCUGUCGGUCUGAUUCUUGGUCGGGCUAUCGCUGGUCUGGGUGCGGCUGGUAUCGUGUCCGGUGCGAUGCUGAUCAUCAGCCGCACCGUUCCUCUGCGCCAGCGGCCCACGUACAUGGGUCUUAUCGGGGGGAUGUACGGCAUUGCUUCGGUUGCCGGGCCUCUCAUGGGCGGUGCAUUCACGGACCACGUCUCGUGGCGGUGGUGUUUCUAUAUCAACCUCCCUUUUGGAGCGGUGACCGCGCUGUUCAUCAUCAUCUUCUUCAGACCUCCAGGUGAAAAGAAAAAGGAAGAGCUGUCCUUCAUCGGGAAGAUUCGUCUUUUGGAUCUCGAGGGUGCGGUUCUGUUCAUUCCGGGUGUGGUCUGCUUGCUGCUGGCCCUGCAGUGGGGAGGGACCACGUACGCGUGGAACAACGGGCGCAUCAUUGCGCUGUUCGUGCUGUUUGGCGUCUUGAUCAUCGGAUUCGUCGGGGUGCAGAUCUGGAAGCAGGAGAGGGCGACGGUGCCGCCGCGCGUGUUCAAGAACCGGAACGUCUGGUCGUGCUCGUUCUUCGCGGCGUGCUUGGGCGCGUCCUUCUUCAUCAUGGUCUUCUACCUCCCCAUCUGGUUCCAAGCGAUCAAGGGCGUUUCGGCCGUCAAGUCCGGUAUCAUGAACCUGCCGAUGAUUCUCACCCUGGUCUUCAUGUCGAUGGCUGCCGGCGCGACCGUCACCGUCGUCGGCUACUACACGCCGUUCAUGCUCAUGGCGUCUGUGCUGAUGAGCGUUGGCGCGGGGAUGCUGUCGACAUUCAAGGUCAACACGGGUCACCCGGAGUGGAUCGGGUACCAGGUUCUGUUCGGCGCGGGCAUCGGCUUCGGCAUGCAGCAGACGAUGGUGGCCAUCCAGGCGUCACUGCCGGGGUCGGACAUCCCCAUCGGCACGGCAGUGAUGAUGUUCUCGCAGACGCUGGGCGGCGCGCUCUUCAUCUCCGUGGGGCAGAACGUGUUCACGAACCGGCUGGUCUCCAACAUCGCGGCAACGCACAUCGCGGGGCUGAACCCAGCCAUGGUGGUCAACAUGGGCGCGACGGAGAUCCAGUCGCUGAUCCCGCAGCAGUUCCUGCCCGCCGUGCUGGCGGCAUACAACAAGGCCGUGACGCAGACGUUCUACGUCUCGGUCGCCAUGGGCUGUCUGUCGCUGCUAGGCGCGGCCUGUGUGCCUUGGAAUUCUGUCAAGGGGAAGAAGAUUGUUGCUGCGGCGGCAUGA